ACGACGGCGGAAUCGUGCGCGAGCAACGCUUUUAAAAUCACAAUCUAAAACAGAUUCGUAUCGUUACAACCGACAUACAUAUCGCGUCCGUAACAUAUCAGUGAAAUUUUGAAAAAAAGUGCGAAAACAUGCCUUUUCCAUGAGGAUAAAUACCAAUGAUGCUAUUUUUCCAACCGCAGUGUGACAGUGACCACUUCAAGCGACUCCGGUACGAAGGGUUCGAAAAUGGAAAAGUGAUGGUCAUUAUGUUUAGGGAACUCGAGUGAAAAUAAAUGAUGAUGAAACAGAGAGGACCAGGACCUCCAUACAAUGUGAUCAUUUGUCUCGUUAUUUUGAUCGUAGGAUGCACUACGUUUGCAGUCGGCGAAAAAAGCAAAUAUUACUCUAUGCAAUCCUUAUGCAAAAACCAUUUCCUGCAACAACUCUACCGGAAAAUUGAUGGUGCCGUACUUUGGUCAAAAAAUGAGCGAAACUUGGAUUGCGUUAUCACGUUUCAAACACAUUCGAUUCUGCAACGGUUUAUGUUACGGUUUGAUUCUUUGCAACUCGACUGCAACGACCAUCUUUACAUCUAUGAUGGAGCGCAUGCAGUUGGGACUUACAAGUUUGACCUAUCCUGUAGAAAUACAAAGCAAACACUGGGGGCCAUGUUCACUCGCACCAAUUACGUUACUCUCAAAUACGUAACGGACGCUUGGGGCACUAACGAGAACGGUUUUACUCUCGUCAUAACGGCAGUAAAAGACCCGAAGCAUGCCUGUACUGAGUUUCGUUGCAACUUGCGUGAGUUUUGUAUAGCCACGGAUUUGGUCUGCGACAGCAUCAAUCACUGUGCCGACGGUUCGGAUGAAUCUUCAAACACUUUAUGUCAGAGUGUUUCUUUUCCAGAUAACGAGACAGGAACAAUCCUCGGGUUGGAAAUGACGUGGUUUGUUGUAACAGUAAUUAGCACUUUGUUAGUUUUGUUAGUUUGCAUUGUUACCGUUUCCAUAUGUUUAUGUCAGCGCGGCUGGAGCGCCACAACCAGAUCCGGAAACGGAAACGUGGCCCAACCGAACGCUCCAUACCCACUUCAGCAAAUGUACGGUUCGAAUGGUGCGAUGAAACAGGGGGCUAGCAUGACGACUUUGACGAGUGCUGGCGCCGCCACUGCAACCGCCGUUCAGGGAAACUGGCGCCACCCUGCGGGCCCACUAGGGUUCCGCCUCAGCACGCCGGCCCGGGCCCGCCUCUACUGCCAGGCAAAGUGAGACCAACGGCGCCCAACGCGCCCAUCAACGGGGGAGACGCCGAUCUAGUCUCACAAAGUCAAAAAGACGAAUGGUUCGUCUAGCAGUAGAAGCGGCCGAGUCGUAGCCUGCAGGGUGAGUCGAGUGCAGAACCCAGCGCUCGGCCUACAGCACAGUUUUCUACCAAAUCGACUGUCAGCCACGUGACCUCUCCUCACUGUGUGUUUGACUAUCCUUCGGACUGUAUUUACGUUUAGCAAUGUAUAAGUAUAGUACGAAACAGUGCAUUUUACACAGCUUUCUUUUAAAAUUCGACACUAACCUAUUCUGUCUGGUACAUAUCUUAGCGUCAAUAAAAUUGGUAAAAAUCUUGCGAGGGGAAGCGAUACUAACAUCACAUUUCGUGUGAAAGACAAUACAAAAACCAAAAAAAUUAGCCUAAUCUAGAUGAUAAUUUAGGGAGCAUUUUUUGAGAGGGGGGACCGAAUUGUAUGUUUAUUGUGAUGUCACACAGCUCAGUACUGCCGACAGGAGGCGCAUCGGCCGGACGAUACGCCACUGGAGAAAGCUUAGGAAACGUAUCGAAUCAACGCACACAGCCAAUAGACAAAUAUACGAACGACACUAUAGUACUGUAUGUUUAACUAGAUAGAUGUAAUUAGUGGAAAAAGCACUGUAAUUGUAUAUCACCAUGGCUGUCGAGGUCACUGGCAGCCUCCUUUAGAACAAUAAAGCGAAUUUUCAAUUUGUCUAUCCAAGAACGAGUGUAAACUUGUAUGUAUAGAACAAUAAGCUGCUGCUAAAGGCGGUAUUUUAGUGUAAUUUUUCUAUGGAUGUGACGACGCUUUGACUCGAUUUUUGGGGCAACGGUGAGUCAAGGCUUCGUUUUGCAUCGCGCGAACAACUCCAAUGUUAUUCUACAUGAAAUUUCGUACCAUUUUUUACUAUAGCAGACCUGAUGAGUAUGUUUAUACACAUAUCUUUUAGAUAAGUAAUUACAUAGAAUAGCUUCAGGACGGCUUCAUUUGUAUAUUAUCGUAGUACGCUUAUUAUAGUCUUGUGGGCAAAUUUUCCUCUUGCCACUCAUUUUACUUCGAUUCAAAGUUACCAAAAAGCGGUAACAACUCGCCAAAUAAGUUUCACGAAACAGAAACAUAUCAGGGACUCGCAAUAUCACCGAAAGCAUUUGUAACAUAUCAAAUUUGCUCACAAGAAAUUUAUUUUUAUGUACUAAUAUUGUCCGCUACAAUAAAACAAUGCCGAUGUUUAGUAAAAAACUAAUUAUUUAGAAAGCCUCAAGGCCUUUCCAUUUUCGAGCUUUAACUAUAAUCACCAUACACGAAAUAUGAUUUCAUUUCCUCAAAUGUCUCUCUACUCAUUGCUUGGAAUUUUUCAAAAGCAUCACGCAGUUGCAAUUACGCUGAAAUCUCCCUGAAAAAUUUCAGCGUAACUUACGACUUGACUGAAAAAUCACCCUUCCCUGUAUACACUGUUGACCAAUCGUUAGAAAAUUACAGUCCUCUAGCAAAUUAUCAAUAAAAAUGUCCGUGUGUGUUCUUUAAUGGAGUACAGAAAUGUUUCUUUAAUAAAAAAAUCUGAACCAG